AUGCAAUCGUACAAAGCUUUCCUUUUUACCUUUUUCCUUUGGGCUUGGGAAUAUACCCAAAAGACUGCCGUCCACUUGAACGAAAACAAUGGCAACGGUGUUGUGCAGAACCAAUACAGCGUAAUAGGCGGAAGAAUGUUGUAUGGACAUGAAAUGAGCUUUCAAGGCGACAUUACCGGUAGUAUGACUUCCUUAGCGAGCAAUGACAGCAUCUUUAGCACAAGCACCACCUCUACUAUGGACAAGCACAAUGAAGGAAGAAAUUAUCAUGAUGGCAAUGGGACCUUGUCAAGCCAUCCAUCCACCACAGAUGAGACCUUUAGAGUGGAUAUUUCUGAUGAUAGCAGCGUGAGCAGUUACAACUCAGGUUCUUUGGGAAGCAACGGAAAGGCAACACAUGUAACGAAAGAUUCACAAAAUGGCAUGAGCAUCGCUGCCAAAAGGCAAAGAAGCAAAUCGUAUGACACCUCCUUUGAAGAUUUACAAUCCGUAGGAGAGAAGAAGGAAGAAUGGACGAGAGCCAAAGAAAAGGCACAAAGUAAAGAACUUUUUGAUGAAUCUACUUACGGUAGGAGAAAAGCCGAAAAAGGGUUCAAAGGGCACUUGAACAAAUACGACAUGGAAAACAGAGAUAGGGAGAACAGUUAUGAUGUUAGCAGUGAAGAAACGCUACGUAAAAGGAUAAGGGAACUAAACUCACUAGGACAAGGAUCCGAUAAGGAUGUUAUAGAAGGAUUCCGCAAAAGUAAAAGAUCUAGACGCAGAGGAAAACACGAAGGAGAUGACGAAAUUUCUGAUCUUAACGUAAAUGAGAGACUCCUCAGAAAAGUAAAAGGAUUUAAUGCAAAGGAUAGGGAAAGAAUAAAAAAAGCUUUAAAUAGAAUGGAAGAAAAUGGAAAGAAUAUGAACGUGGAAGAUUUGGAAGAUUUGGAGGAUGAAUUAAAAUAUCAAUUAGAACGUCUUCAGAAAUAUGUAAACCGGGAUUCUGAUGAUAACGAUUCCGUUGCUAGCGGCACUGAUGAUUCUGCAUUUGACGACGAAGAUGACUCAUCCAUAUAUGGAGGAAAACGAAGAAGGGAAAAGAGUAGAUCAAAGGAAAAAACCAAAGAUAGCAUGAAAGAACUCAGAUCUUAUAUCGAUCAAGCUAUGGACGGGGAAAAUGCAGAAAUCGCCCACUUGUUGAUAAACAAAAUUGAAAAGUACAAGAACAAAGUCUAUAAACUGAAAAAGAGAAACAAGAAGGAAGUCAACUUUGUAAACAUGAAAUUUAAUCGCAAAUUGAAGAAGAUGCUCCGCUACAUCCCGCUCAUUUCCCUCGUCACGAGUGUCAUCCUAGGUUUAGUCCUAUAUCAAUUCUGGACCAUAAUACCUCUUACUACUGUUUACUUCAUUGUUUUGUUCAGUUUCCUUUUUGGAACCUUCGUGUCCUAUGGAAUUACGGGAAAAGUCAUGUUCAAGUCCCCCUUCAAGGUGAUCGAUUUCAUCCGAGGAAAAAACUGGAAUGUGAAUGCUGAUUACUCUUCAAGAAAAAGAAAAAAAUUAAUGUACUGA